GAUGACGGAUCAGAAUAUGAAGUUUGAAUAACAUUUCCAUUUUCUUCUUCCCUGAGUUCUUCUCUGUUCUCUUUUUGUUCACAACUUUAACAUGGUAUCAGAGCCAUGCUUUAAUGGCGUUAUCAUUUCCGAUUCAAUCUAAAUUUGUCAAACCUCGAUUCCAUUCCUCAGUCCAAAUCAAAAUCUGAUUCGAAGGCAUGGGGGAACCAGUGACUCGUUCUUCAAUCGAUCCACAGAGCGAGCUGUAUCUACAUCCAACGGAGACAUCUAAUUUCUCUCUUGCUUCUCAGAAGUUGAAUGGCGACAAUUAUGCACAAUGGAAACGAUCGGCUGAGAUUGCUCUGAGUGCGAGAAACAAGCUUGGAUUUGUGGAUGGGAGCUCGAAGGCACCAGAAUCGAAUUCUCCUCUGCUCAAUCAGUGGAAGCGAUGCAAUAAUCUGACCAAUGCACCUAGACUGUUUCAAUUACAUAAGGAGAUAAUUACACUGGUUCAAGGAUCGGAUUCUGUGAGUGAAUACUUUACUAAACUGAAGGGGCUUUGGGACACUUAUCUGACUAUGGUAACUUUGCCUCACUGUAAAUGUGAUGGAGCUGAGAUCUAUUCCAAAUUGCUUCAAAAUCAACACCUGAUGCAAAAGAUUACACCACAUCCACACCAGUGGUCUCUGAAUCCAGUGCUCUGGCAUCUAUGCAUCACACCUCUGGUUCAAAUAAGCCUGUGUUUGGUAUCACUCCAAGUGGAAAGAAGUCUAAGUUCUUUUGUCAACAUUGUAAAGUUUAUGGACAUAGCCUUGAGAGAUGUUUUAAGGUGCAUGGAUAUCCAAAAACUAACAAAGGACACAAUGCAUCAGUGGAGCAAGGUCCUGGAUUGGGAAGAAGAAUUGCUGGAAAUGUGAUAUCAGAGAAUAGCAAGGAGUCCUAUGGCUCUUCUGCAAGUUCAAGCUGCUCUACUGAAGUGCCAAUGUCUCUCACCAACAGUCAGUAUGACCAGUUGAUUGCUUUGUUGAACAAGGAGAAUUCACAUGACAAUGAAUAUAAUGGAGCACCUGGAUUUCUGUCAUCUCACAUGGCUUCAAGUGGUCAUUUGGCAGGAUCAUGUGAAGAAGAAGACAUUGUUGGUUGGUAAACAACAUGGUGGCCUGUAUUUUGUCCAGCAACAUGAUGUUUCAACUUCACAUGGUUCUUCUCCUUUUUCUGUUUCCUGUAUGUCCAAGAGUGAACUGUGGCAUUGUAGACUAGGUCAUUUGCCUAGUGCUAGCAUGAAAUAUAUUGUUUCUGUUCCAUGUACUGAUUCCUCUAGUUCUUCAAUAUGUCAUGUAUGUCCUCAAGCAAGAAUGCAUAAACUUCCUUUUGUCUCCAGUUCUAUAAAAACCACUUCUAUCU